UACCCUUCUCCAUACACUAAUCGCAUUCACUUAAAAUCUCUCUUGUUCGUGAUUUCCCCAAUUCCUCUUUCAAUUCAUCUCUCAAAUCCUUCAAUGGACCUAAUUUCGGGUCUUCCUGACGACAUCGCACUCGACUGUUUGAGUCGGGUUUCGUAUCAGCAGUUCCCGGCGGUCGCCUCUGUUUGCAAGGCCUGGAAGAACGAGAUUCAGACGCCGGAGUUUCGCCGUCGGAGGAAGAGCGCAGGGCAUGUCCAGAAUAUCGUCGUUAUGGUUCAGGCACGACUUGACUCGGAGAAAUCCGUCUCUGGGGCGAUAAAGGGGUCGAUGAAUAUGAACCCGGUUUACCGCCUUACAGUUUGUGAGCCGGAGACCGGUCUCUGGAGCGAGAUGCCUCCGAUUCCAGGUUUGUCAGGCGGGUUACCUAUGUUCUGCCAGAUUGCGGGUGUCGGGUUGGAUCUGGUUGUGAUGGGCGGGUGGGACCCCAGUUCCUGGAAGGCGUCCAAUUCGGUGUUUGUCUAUAACUUCAUUUCGGCGACAUGGCGCCGUGGGGCCGACAUGCCUGGUGGUCCCAGGACGUUCUUCGGCUGCGCGUCGGAUGAGCGCCGCUUCGUUUACGUCGCCGGCGGGCACAACGAGGACAAGAACGCUCUGAGGUCGGCGUUCGCGUAUGACGUGGCAAGCGACGAGUGGGUCCCAGUGCCUGACAUGGCAAGAGAGCGGGACGAGUGCAAGGCCAUCUUCCACAACGGCAAGUUCAGAGUCAUCGGAGGGUACUGCACGGAGAUGCAAGGCAGGUUCGAGAGGAGCGCUGAGGCGUUCGACGUCGCCACGCGGAGGUGGGACCCUGUGGAGGAGGAGUUCCUAUAUGCUGCCACGUGUCCGAGGACAUGCGUGGACAGCGGAGACGACGAGGAGAAAGUGUACAUGUGCGGUACCGGCGGGGAGGUGAUGGCCCUCCAGGGAGGCACGUGGCGGUCGGUUGCCAAGUUGGGAGACGAGACCCGCCACGUCGCGUACGUGAGGACGUGGAACGGUAAGAUGUUGCUGAUAGGAUCAAGAGCAUACAGUGAACCGCACGUGGGAAUUAUAUUGGAUCUGGAAACCGGUCACCAGAGAAAAUUGGAAAUCCCGCGGAACUACACAGGCCACGUUCAGUCCGGUUGUCUUCUAGAAAUUUAAGAGAUAGAGGUGUUGUCUAAAUUUUUAUAGUCAGAUUAUGUGAAUACGCAAGAUUUUGUUUUGUUUUUGUUUUCUCUUCGGCAUUAAUUCGUUGCAAGUGAUGCGUCCAAUACGACACCUUCCUGUUAUAUGAAGUACAGAGCAGGCAUUGUAAAAUUUUAAAUUAUUAUUAUUUUUUUAAAAAAUUUAACUUUAAACUUA